ACGCAUCGUUAUCUGACACUAAUCGAUAAAGGCCUCCCUGCCAAGGCAACAGUUCAUUUACCCUUUACGAUUCCCAUAUACAAAGAGCGUCUCAGAAGAUCCGCAUACAAUAGCCAGCUUUGUUUUUAACCCUGGCUAGACAAGAUAAGUUUAGCUCAUAUCAAUUGAAAGGUCCGAUGCUAGACCCUUGGCCCCCAACCUAUGCGACCUUACACUCACCUGCCACUCAUCCUUUCAUUAUAUACAGAAACCUUUGGACAACCCAUCCCCAAUGAGGAUGGCCCUCAAAUGCAAAUGCCGGGUUUUCUCCGCCAUUUUGUAUCCAUGUCGAUCUGUUAUGUCCGCAGACUUCGUGACUAUUCGGAUAGAAGCCAACUCGCCGUGAUCGGCGCCCAGUUUUUCUUUCGUCCUAUCAUAAGGGUCAAUGUCUCGAGCACGCCAGUAUACGGCAAAUUUGUAUCGUGUUCUAGUCCUUCCCGCUCCCGCCCUUCAGUACAUACUUUUGUAGUCUCACCCCCGUCUAAAUAGAUACUUGCCUUCCCCACCAGGGGCGGCCCUUAAACGGCAAGCUUGGGAGAAAUCUUUUAGGGUCCUAGGUUAAAAUUCAUACCUUUGGAUUA